AUAUUCUGCUCUUUAACGGCCACCAGCGGACGGCGGCUACACCGUGUAGGAGGAGCCAGCGGCGUGUUUCCGCUACACCAGGCCGACAGAGUUAAUCUAUGCUGCCGUACUGAGAAUUACAGGAUAUUGGUGGAACAGUUCGCUGCUAUUGCGGGACACUCUUAGAGUACACAUUUUUUUUUUAUCACCGGGGAGCUGGGGUUGUCCAUAUCCGGGGAAAAAGAAGACGAAGGAGUGGCAGCUGGACUGUCAGAAAUGGAAGCCGAGUUUCGGGAAAUCGAUGACAACGGGAGUUGGAGCGCCAUUUAUCAGGAGAUUCGUCAGCAGUCAUGUGAACUCCCUUGCAAGGUUGCCAAAUUACCUGAAAACAAGAAUCGGAAUCGUUACAGAGAUGUUAGCCCAUUUGACCACAGCAGAAUAUAUCUGCAGCUGGGUACAAAUGACUACAUUAAUGCCAGCCUGAUAACAGUAGAAGAGGCGAAGAGGAACUACAUCCUCACUCAGGGACCCCUUCCAAAUACAUGUGGCAACUUCUGGGAGAUGGUGUGGGAGCAGCGGUCCCGCGGUGUGGUGAUGCUGAACCGAGUCAUCGAGAAAGGAUCUGUGAAGUGUGCCCAAUAUUGGCCACACAGAGAGGAGAGAGAUGCUAUCUUUGAAGAUACAAAUUUCAAGCUCACACUCAUCUCAGAAGACAUCAAAUCUUACUACACAGUCCGUCAGCUGGAGUUGGAAAAUCUGUCUACUCAAGAGACUCGUGAGAUUUUACAUUUUCACUACACCACUUGGCCUGACUUCGGGGUACCGGAGUCUCCUGCCUCCUUCCUUAACUUCCUGUUCAAGGUGCGGGAGUCGGGUUGUCUGAAUUCAGACCAGGGACCAGUGGUGGUGCACUGCAGCGCCGGCAUCGGACGCUCCGGGACCUUUUGUCUCGUGGACACCUGCCUUUUGCUGAUGUCCAUCCGUAAGGACCCGUCUUCAGUGAGCAUUCGUGACGUGCUGCUGGAGAUGCGACGCUAUCGAAUGGGCUUGAUUCAGACAGCCGAUCAACUUCGCUUCUCCUACCUUGCUGUCAUUGAAGGUGCCAAGUACAUCAAGGGAGACACCUCUCUGCAGGCGUGGAAAGAGCUCUCAAACGAGGAAGAUGAUCCUCCAGAGUUCACCCCUCCGCCUCCUCUUCCUCCACCGAGAGACCCUCAAAACGGCAAAGUUGAGCCAUCCUUUUUCCCGGAAAAUGAUAAGAUCAUUCAACAGAUGGAGAUCCACAGUCUGGGGACCUCACAAGAGUCGGAGGUGCGAAAGAGGAACGUUGCCGCCCCCCAGCCUCCUCCUGACGGUGCCGAGCAGCUCGAUGACCGCAUGGGUAUCGUAGAUCAUACCUCCAAAGCUCCAACCGAAUCCCAGCAGCAGGAGACGGGGGCGGCAGUGGAGCAACCAAAGGAAAGCUCUCCUGUGCCGGGGACUUGGUCCCCUCUACUAACCAACGUGUGCCUGUGCACGGUGCUGGCUCUCAGUGCUUACGUCUGUUAUCGAGCCUGUUUUCACUGAUCCUGCCCUUCCUCCUCAUUUUUGUUCCCCCCUGUCUCUCCACUGAUGUUGCAAAGUGGACAAGGCUUGCCAAUCAGCCUGCUUUGACUUUGGUUUUACUCUGCGAGUGAGUGGAUUAUUUGGACUUCAGCAGAUUCAGGUUCGCUUUUUCACAACUGCAGUGCGAAAGUUGGUUGGCUGAUUAGGAAUAACAGGCUUCCACUCCUCAUUACCCACCCAAACAUUUCAAUAUGUCAUCAUGGAUGCUCAGGGCCUCCGUUUUUUCAGGUUUCACAUCCCAAAUAUGCGUGCCGACUGAAAUGCAGACUCAACAGACGAUACAUGUCUGACGAUACACUUAAAAUAAACAGAGUUAUUUAGUUAUGGGUCCAUAUUAAACCCAACAGUAAGGUGAAGUAUGGGUUAUGGACGACCCUGUGCCCACUAGAUAAGAGAUGCAUGCUGGGAUGGGAAUUGGAUUAUCUGUCCUCACUGGCAGCCUGUGUAGGUCUGUAGGAGGCAUCCUAGUUGAGUACAUACAGUGUGUGUGUGUGUGUGUGUUUGUAAAUGUACAUUUGUGUGAGUGUUAGUUAGUAGAGCUUUCUACUGAUGCUUGAGUUGAAUCUACUCAGUGGGAAAUAUGAAUAUAACAUUUACAGUAUGUCAAAUGUGAGAUGUAGACUGAGUUGCCUCCUGGUAACUGAGUCCCUCUGCGUCUUCUCUCCCUGGUGGCUCAACAGUGACACAGAAAGUCUUUUUUAUAACAAAAUGGUGCAGGGACAGGGUGGCAUGUCCCAUUCUCCAUUAGCCUGGCAUUCCCAAAUUGAUAUUAGCAAAAUCUUCUUUUUUUUAUAAAUAAUUUCAAUCAGGUUAUAUAACACCUUGCUUUUGCUUUUAACUGUUUUUGGAGAACAUGUUUUCAUUCACAGUGGAUACAAAUGUGUGGAUGCUUUUCAUGCCAAAUGUGUAACAUAGCCUGAAUGUAACUGUUGUAUGGUAAUGGGGGUUCAGUUACACACAAGAAUGCCAGUUUAUCGAGACACAAAGUAGCUAACACCCAACUCUUUUCGCCAGCAAUACAAAUACUUAAUAAUGUGUCACCCUUUACGUUAUCAAACUCUUGAGUUUGAACAGGGAACCAGGGAUUUUGAACAAAACCAAAAAUAAAACACCAGCACAGCAACGAGAACAGUACACCGUAGUGAUGAUCCGUUUCCGUAUCGUGGCGUGGUCCUGAGCUGGCAAUUUUGUUUUGUAUGAGUUAAAGUAAGUUUUAUUUUAAUUUUUUUUUAAGCAUGCUGCAUUUGUGUAUCGACAGGUUCGUCCUGAGAAGAGAUUAGCUAAGCUGCUAGCAUUCGGUUUAACCUUUGUGACUCGACAAAGUUCAGUACAUGUUUGACAGCUGUACUUUUCUUUAGAAUGUAUUAAACGUCCUAAACAAGGACACACUCUUAUUGGAUACAUAUUUUUUUUUUUCAAAUCCAGUUUCAGUGUGCUGAUGUUUUUUGUUCUGCUUAAACAAGGGAUAUAAUCUCAGCACCUGUGCAGCCAUUGCACCAGGGUUUCCUGUUUUUCUAUACUUAUGCUGAGCUCAGAAACAUGUAUUUUUUUAUUUACAAUUGUUGUUUUCCUUUUUAAAUAAAAAAAACGAAAUCUAC